AUGGCAGACCCCAACGCAACCAUGUAUCAACUCAGCAAAGACUCCAAUUUCCAUUUUGGCAUUCUCCGUGCUUUAGCAAUGGCACCUUACGACGGCGCCGACGUCGACGAGUGUCUUGUCGCAGCCAAUUCCAUCAUCCCCGGCGACUUCGAGAGCUUCGCCCGCUCAUUUCUCAGCAUCGCAAACACCGUAUACAAGCGAGCCCUGAGUAUCGCCAAGAAGAAGUUCCCUGUUUCCGCACGAACCGCAUUCUUCAGCGCGGCUACGUAUUUCCGGAGCGCCGACUUCUACCUCCACGGCAAUCCGGCAGAUCCCCGAAUCAUGGAUUACUGGGCGAAGCAAACUGAUGCUUUUGACCAGGGACUAGCUCUCCUCUCCCCCCCCGGCACAAGAUUCAACAUCAAGACACCCGAAUUUGACAUCCCCUGCAUUUGGAUCACGCCAGAUGAAGAGGUGAAGAAACGACCGACCAUCAUCAUGGGCAAUGGCUAUGACGGAUCGCAAGAGGAAAUGUACCACGUAGCAGGUCUCGCUGCCCUCGAACGAGGCUACAACGUCCUCACCUACGAAGGUCCAGGACAGCCGUCACCCCGUCGCUACCAAAACAAGGGCUUCAUCGCAGAAUGGGAAAAGGUCGUCACCCCCGUCAUGGACCACGUCCUCAACAUGACUAAAUCCGUUGACCCCAAAGCCGUUGGACUGUAUGGCCUGUCUCUAGGAGGCUACAUGGCGCCCCGUGCUGCUGCAUUCGACCACCGCUUCGCUGCCAUAAUGGCCAUCGACGGUGUAUGGGACUUUGGCGAGGUGAUAAGGCGCGAUUUCGGCCCAGAAGCCAUGAAGAUACACAAGUCUGGUGAUAAAGCCAAGUUUGAUGAGCUUGCGCAAAAGUAUCUCAAGCCGGAUGUACCAACUGGUCUGCGAUGGGGUCUCGAGCAGGGCAUGUGGUCAUUUAACACUACUUCACCGUUUGAUUUUGUCACUGAGGUGCAGAAAUUUACGGUCGAAAAGGUUGCGCAUAAGAUUCGAACGCCGGUGUUUAUUGGUGAUGCUGAAGACGAUAUAUUCUUCAAGGGGCAGCCGCAGAAACUGGCCAAGGCGAUUGGCAAGUGGGCUACGUUGUAUCAUUUCCAAAAUAAGGAUGCUAUCGGGACGCAUUCUGGCAUUGGGGCGUUGAAGCAGCAUAAUCAGGUUAUUUACGAUUGGUUCGAUGGCAUCAUUCACGGGAAACACUAG